AUGGUCCUGACGUUUGCGAUGUUCGUCACAUCGGAGCAGCAGUCGAAGACGCUCGACGACGACGAAACCGCGGCGGCAGACGUAUCACGCGAACCGUCAAAUUUAAUUCGUUUCGUGUUUACGGAAUUACCACUCGUGUACCACUGCAACGACAGCUCGCAAUGCCCGGCCGAGUUCGGUUUCACCAGGUGUGAGAAUCACUUGUGUAAGUGCGACGAGAGUUUCUAUCAAGUGUUCAACAAGACUUCCGAGACGGCCUACUGUCGCCUAUGUUCGCUGUUCCAAGAAAGCUGCGCAGUGACACAAUGUUGUCAUAAUCCGGAUGCCACGUUUUGUUUCAACGGAUUGUGCGUGUGCAGACCUGGAAUGGACGAAGCAUGUCUAGGCAGAUACACGCCGACCCUGGGCAUUCAGCUGGCCAACACUCUUUCGGUGUCGUUCGCAUUCGUCUUCCUCGCCAUCACAUUCGUCGCGGUCAUCAGGAAAACGUUGUUCAGGUGCGAUUCGAUGAGCAGAGUGGCCAGUGACAGUUCGCUGAACGAGUUCGUCAAGCAGAAAAUGCAAAACAGGCCGCCGUGUUACGACGACAUAGAAAAAGACCGUAAAGUUCCUAUUUUUGACUGCACUAAUCAGCCACCGCCCGAGUACGGCUCUACUCAUUACAGCAGCCGGCCCGGCACGUUCCUUCAGGGCACCCUGAACCCGUCUCUGUCGAUCAGCAACGAAGUGGAAAUGAACAUGGCCCCGCCAAACUAUUCGACGUUCACGACUGUCACCGAAGUCCCGGCGAUGGAGACGGCGGCGCCUUCUGAAGCGGCAAUCGGUCGGACCAGCGGCGAAAUCAUCCUCACUCAACCGAUCUACACGAAUCGCGAAUUUCUGCGGCUCGCGUAG